GUGUCGGGCAGUGUUUCAUUAGUAAACGAACCGUCAAUCCGAAAACAAGUGCCAUUCUGCUUCGCGAAAUAAAGAGAAAAAAAUACAAACGAGUUUAGUAAAUAGGUACCUUCCUUUCCUGUUCUGUAUGCAGCAAGUGUGUGGCCGCGCGUCCGACGUGAAUAGCAGCAAGGAGUUUUGAAUCGUGGAGGAGUUUUUAGUUUUCGCAUGUUUUCGUGCGUCCCGCAACUAGUUCAGUUUUGGUGCGAGUCGAAUUGCCACCAACGGCUGACUGGUGAAACGACUAGUUUUUAGUUUGUCACAACAGUAGAUAGAAGUUCUUUUUCGAGAGUGCUGUGCUAAAACGUGUCAUCGGUGAAGAAUUCCGAGAAAAGCGUUGAACGUUGGUUUCUGUUUUCGCAGCAUCUGUUCAAAUAAGUUGGAUUAGGUAGUGUUGAAGUCAUCUCGUACUGAGGAUUAUCAUCAAAUUUUGGAAGGAUAUCGGACAGAAAACAAUUGAUUCAAACAGCAUUUUUGAUCGUUUUUUUUUGUUUUAGCCUGAGUUGUAGCGUUAUUUGUCGAACAGUAAUAAAUCGUUCGUUUCGAAAUGGUUGUCCUGACCAGCAGCACUAGCAAGAGCACCCGUUCGACCUCGAUCUCUUCGGUGAGCCGCCGGAAGAGCACCACCGUCGUCCGGAAGAAGUACAAAAACUCAUACCGCGUAAUGGGAGGAUUCGAACAGCGUCCCUGGACACCCACGAAGCGGCGUGGCCCCAUAGCGGCGGAACAUCGGGGCCCGGGACCUCAGUAUCUGUUGCCGCAGCUGCUAGGUACCAAAGUGGUUGAUUCGAAACGUGCGGCGGCACCCGCGUACAGUUUCGGCCAGCGGCAUCGACCCCGGACGGAAUCAUUCAGCCCGGGCCCAUUGUACAAUAUUACGGGUCUCGGUUGCAAGGGCAAAGACACUCCUCCCGCUUAUUGUUUGCAGAGUCGACCGAAGGAGAUUCCCAAGUACCUCACUCCGGCACCCGGAGAGUACAAUGUAGAAAAGGCUGACAAAAUGCUGGUUAAGUCGGCACCACGGUAUACGUUUGGCGUGAAGAAACCUCCCAAAUCGACUAGUGAAACUCCAGCUCCUUGUGAUUACAAACCAGAAAAAGUGGUCCUAGAUAGUACACCCAAGUUUUCUUUCGGAAUAAGACCAGAAAUCAAAGUCCGCAGUGAGACGCCAGCGCCUGGCACGUACUCUCCGGAAAAAGUUUUGCACGACAAAUCACCAAAGUAUAGUUUUGGGUUGAAAGUGAUCCCCGAGAAAACGGAGGAGACGCCAGCACCAGGGACAUAUCAGCCAGAAAAAUCAAUGCUGGCCUUGGAUCGAAAACCUGCCUUCUCAUUUGGACUGAAAACAAUCGUCGAGAGACCGAAAAACACCCCAGCACCAGGAGCGUACGAACCGGAAAAAGCAAAGCUUGAUAACCCACCAGCAUACAGUUUCGGUCUCCGACCCAAUCUCACCAAGCCAAACACAAAUCCGGCACCCUGUCAGUACGAGCCCGAGAAGGCCCAGAAGCUCGAUCACUCACCCGCAUAUCCAUUCGGCAUGCGUCUCAAUCACGAUAAGCCUAGCGACACUCCAGGGCCCACGGCUUACGCAGUAGAGAAAGUAAAACUAGAGCACAAUCCCGCUUACAGUUUCGGCCAGCGGACGGCCACAGCCAAACCGAAUAACAAUCCUGCUCCAGGAGCGUACUCGCCGGAAAAGGCAACCGAGGGCGGAGCGCCCAAGUAUAGUUUUGGUAUUCGACCGACAAUCGAUAAGGUAGACGGUAUCCCGGCACCGGGAUCGUAUUCUCCCGAGAAGGCCAAAGUAGAUAGUAGUCCUGCGUAUAGUUUCGGAGUGCGUACCAAUCGGGAUAAGCCUUGUGCCAUUCCCGGUCCGGGAUCGUACGAUAACGAUAAGGUAUUAGAUAGUUAUUCUCCAGCUUACAGUUUUGGUGCGCGAACGAAUGUCGGCAAGAAAAGUGACAUUCCUGGGCCUGGCGCCUACGAUUCCGAUAAGGUAGUAGAUAAUAGUCCUGCGUACAGUUUUGGAUUAAGAACGAAUGUUGAACGACCUAAUGCAAUUCCGGGACCAGGAGCUUAUGACUCAGAUAAAGUCAAUGAUAAAAGUGCUCCAUCGUAUAGUUUUGGAAUUAAGGGAAAUGUCGAAAAACCCAAUUGCGUUCCUGGUCCUGGCGCUUAUGAUUCCGAUAAAUUGGACAGUGGCACCGCAUACAGUUUUGGGGUUAAAACGAACGUCGAAAAACCGAACACCGUACCUGGUCCAGGAGCUUACGAUGCUGUAAAAGCUGACAGUAAUACUCCUGCGUACAGUUUCGGUGUAAAAACUAACCACGAAAAACCGAGUAAUGUUCCUGGGCCCGGAGCAUACGAUUCGGAUAGAAUUCCUGACAAGGGCGCACCAUCGUAUAGUUUCGGUAUUAGGCCGAACUUGGACAAACCUAGUAUCGUUCCAGGACCUGGUGCGUACGAUUCCGAUAAGGUUGUUGAUAAAAACACUCCUGCGUAUAGUUUUGGAGUCAAGACAAAUUUGGACAAACCGAAUACACUACCCGGUCCGGGGGCCUACGAUGCUGAUAAAACUAUAGAUAAAACAUCUCCGGCAUACAGUUUCGGAGUUAAAACUAAUGUGGAAAAGGUGCCACUGGUGCCUGGUCCUGGUGCAUAUGAUUCUGACAAAGUAAAUGACAAAACAGCUCCGGCUUACAGUUUUGGAGUUAAAACAAAUGCUGGAAAAACCUAUAACACACCAGCUCCAGGAUCAUAUUCACCAGAAAAAUGCAAUUUAGAUCAUACCCCACAGUACAGCUUCGGCGUUAAAACGAACAUAGAAAAGAAAGACACGAUCCCCGGUCCCGGAGCAUACAAGAUAGAAACGGUAAAGCUAGAUAAUACCCCGGCGUACUCCUUUGGUGUGCGACCCAGCAUCGAUAAAGUAGAUCCGACUCCGGCGCCAGGAAGCUACUCACCGGAAAAGUUAAAGAUUCACAAUCCUGCCUAUACAUUUGGUGUGCGUCCGAACAUAGACAAAAUACAGGUAACCCCGGCACCGGGAACCUACAAUCCCGAUGCGACCAAGCUGGACAAUGCACCGUCGUACAGUUUCGGAAUACGGCCAAACAUCGACAAAGUGCAGGCAACGCCAGCUCCCGGGGCGUACGAGGUGGAGAAGGUUAAACUUGAUCACGGUCCGGCGUAUUACUUCGGAAUCAAGGUCAACCGGGAGAAGGCGAACGAUGUGCCAGCUCCCGGUACCUAUGAUCCGGAUAAAACGAAGCUCGAUCAUGCACCUGCCUACUCCUUCGGUAUAAAGCAUAGAGGGGAGACGCUGAAGGAUACUCCUGCUCCCUCAGCAUACCAGCCAGAAAAAUGUAAAAUCGAUACCGCCCCGGCAUUCACGUUCGGCGUGAAGGUAAAUUGCGCACAAAUCAAUGAUAAUCCAGCACUGUCAGAAACUCAGAAUCGUGCUGAAAACUCCACGAUGGCCGUGACGAACGCUGGCAAUGGCACUGUUACCAACACCUCCAGCACAACUACCACACGUUCCGCAAGCAAAACUUCCACUUCCGCAACACUGGCGGAAAAUGGCGGCAGCGGCACUGUUGCACUGCAGCAAAGUAGCACCAGCGCGCAAAGUAGCUCCAGCCAUCUUCAACAGCAGCAGCAGCAACAGCAAAAACAAAUCCAAGUGAUUACUAAUGGGAAUGCCAUUACGACCACCACAACCAGCGGCAGCGUCAAGAUGUCCCGAGAGCGGAAGACCGUCUGCGAGGAACACAUCAGUUCGACGACCAGCACAACGGAUGCGAACGGAGCGACCGUCGUAACGAGCGUAACGAACGAGAAUCUGGUUCCUAACUGCAUCGCCGGCGUCAAGCAGCUGCAGAAUGUUCAGCAUCAGCGGAUGGUUUGCACCGGACAUUUCCGAGCUUGAGCUCAUAUUG